CCGUUGUUAGUUAUCUCGCUCUUCUCGUACCGUUAGUUGUUGAGGUUAUAAUUUAACGUGUUUUUUAUUACUAAUUUUAAGUAAAUCAUCUCAAAUUUCGUUAAAUAUCACCGAAUAAGUACUAAAAAAUGGCUUUACGUGUACAAUUUGAAAAUAAUAACGAAGUUGGGGUGUUUGCCAAGUUAACAAAUGCGUAUUGUUUAGUAAGCAUUGGGGGCUCAGAAAAUUUUUAUAGUACAUUUGAAGGAGAAUUAUCAGAUAACAUACCAGUUGUACAUACUUCGUUAGCAGGAUGUAGAAUAAUUGGUAGGAUGUGUGUAGGGAAUAAGAACGGAUUACUCCUCCCUAAUUCAACUUUUGAUACUGAAUUACAACACAUAAGAAAUGCCUUACCAGAAAAAAUUAAAAUACAAAGGGUGGAAGAACGUUUAUCUGCUUUGGGAAAUGUUAUAGCAUGUAACGAUUACGUCGCUUUGGUACAUCCAGAUUUAGAUAGAGAAACAGAAGAAAUAAUUGCAGAUAUUUUACAAGUUGAAGUAUUUCGACAAACAAUAGCCAGUAAUGUUUUGGUGGGCUCAUAUUGUGCUUUAAGUAAUCAAGGUGGUUUAGUACAUCCACAAACAUCCAUUCAAGAUCAAGAAGAAUUAUCAUCCCUUUUACAAGUUCCAUUAGUUGCCGGAACUGUAAAUAGAGGAAGUGAAGUGGUUUCCGCCGGGAUGGUUGUUAAUGAUUGGACUGCAUUUUGUGGCAUGGACACAACAUCAACAGAAUUAAGUGUUAUUGAGUCUAUUUUUAAAUUAAAUGAAUCCGCCCCAUCUUCAAUUGCUACAACAAUGAGAGCAAGUCUUAUUGAAAGCAUGUCAUAAAAUUAAAUUGUCCAUCAAAUGCAUUGAAUGGAAUUUUUUCAUCAUACAAUUAAAGUACAUUUUAUGAAUGGUUUGUGUGAAUAACAAAAAAUAAUUAUUAAAAUAUGAAUAAUCUUGUUUAUAUAUAAAAAAUAAAAUAAUAUUCAUUUUGAA